UUCUCAGAGGAAGAUCCUUACAGUCAAUCCAGUCUUUAAGGCAGAGGGCAAAACUAGGAGCAGACUGUAACUACUGUAAAACUGUAUGGUGACAAAAUGAGGAGUCUGAAAUCUCAAUUAGAAGCUUACCGAGAGCUGAUGAACAAGAACAGACAAUACUGGCAAAAUCUAGCUAAGAGCCUGAGGGAAAUUAACAGUCAACUGAGCCAAGAGAAGGAAGAUCUUCUUCAUCAAAUGAAACAACAAACAGAGAAAUGGGAAGAAAAAAAGGUCAGGAUCCUUGAAAAUCUGUCUAAAAAAAUCAGUCAUCUUUAUGCCCAACACACAUUGACUUUGCAGGAAUUUCACAAUAUCAGUCUGUAUGUGGAAAGAGUGUCAGACCAUGUGGAUUUCCAGAUCAAAAUUCUUCAGCACAAAUCUGAAAAGACCGAAGACUUGGAAAAAGCAGAUGUGCUCAUUUUAAAAUCAAAAGCAGAACAAGUGAGUAACACAAUGGAAAUGAAAUUGGGAGCUAAUGAAGAGAAGUCUGAAAACUCGGUGGAAAUGGGACCUCUGUGGCAAGCACACAUCAUACUGCAAAAGAUACAGGAGUCUUUACGGAAACGAGAAAGAGAAGUUACUGAGCUCCUAGAAAGUGAAAGAAGAUAUAACAAUGCAGUGAAACCUGAAAUUACAGUCCUAGUAUUCUUGAAAAAUCUAGCUAAGAAGGUUCACACCUUAUACUGUGAUGUCCCUGAGGCACAGCAGUACAUCAAUCAGCUUGUCAGGAAGAAUGAGGUUGAAAGGGCUGGUUGGAAAGAAGCCUUUAAUAAAGCUCAGGCUGACAUUUCGUCCUAUGAAGUGCUUUAUGGAAAUGAACGUAGGGAUGACAAAAGCAACAGGACACAGUUCUCUAUGAAGCUUUUCAGAAAUCUUGGGAGAGCAAAGUCUGAAUUAGAAUUUGCUGAAACAGAGAAGAUAGUUUUUGAUUGUAUCCAGACUGGGGAAAUCCCCAACUGGAUUAAAAGAGAUUGUCCUUAUGUAGUCUUGACAGGUGGUCAAGAAAACAAUGGAACAGUAAAAAACACACCAACAAUGGAACAAGUUUCCUGUUUUAAAGGGGACACUGGAUGGACGUCUUGAAUAAUAGAAACAUUUUCUACAGCAGCUUCGUGAUAAAAAAUUAA